GGAAGAUAGGUUUACUAAUACAUUGUUGGUGGAGUUGUAGAUUAGUGCAACUAAUGGAAAACAAUUUGGGUGUAUAUCCAAGAAAUCACUAAAUUAUCCAGAGAUAUUAUCCUGGCCAUAUAUACUAAGAAGGUAAAAAACAAAGGAAAAGGUCCCAUGUAUAUAUAUAUAUGAAUAUUUUCAGCAGCAUCUUUUGUAGUAGCAAAGAACUUGCAAGGAAGAGAGAGCUCCCAGGGCCCAGCCUGGGGAGGGCAACUUUCUGGGGUGCAUGAGGGCUGUAGGGGAGCAAGUCCCCCAGGAAGAGACUUCUACUCUUCCAGGGCAAGGUCUGAGUUCUUUCUUUGUGCCCAAAGGCUGGGCCAUGGGGAAAGGAAACAGCAAACUGGCCCCGGAGGUGCUGGAGGAUCUUGUGCAGACCACGGAAUUCAGUGAGCAGGAGCUAAAACAGUGGUACAAGGGCUUUCUGAAGGACUGUCCCAGUGGCAUCCUCAACCUGGAGGAGUUUCAGCAACUGUAUGUCAAGUUUUUCCCAUACGGCGAUGCCUCUAAGUUUGCCCAGCAUGCCUUCCGCACCUUUGACAAGAAUGGAGAUGGGACCAUCGACUUCAGGGAGUUCAUCUGUGCCCUGUCGGUCACUUCUCGAGGCAGCUUCGAGCAGAAACUCAACUGGGCCUUUGAGAUGUAUGACCUGGACGGGGACGGACGCAUCACUCGCCUGGAGAUGCUGGAGAUCAUCGAGGCCAUCUACAAGAUGGUAGGAACAGUCAUCAUGAUGCGCAUGAACCAGGAUGGGCUGACCCCUCAGCAGCGUGUGGACAAGAUCUUCACCAAGAUGGAUCAGGAUAAAGAUGACCAGAUCACCCUGGAGGAGUUCAAGGAGGCCGCCAAGAGUGACCCAUCCAUUGUGCUCCUGCUGCAAUGUGACAUGCAGAAGUAG